ACCCACUUCAUUCUGCUGUUGGACCACUGUGAUCAGCUCUCAGUGGACCAGGUGAGGUCAUAGGCGUGGGUACUGGGAAGAACACUAGGAUGAGUUCUCAAAUGCAGAUAGUGGUGUUGGCUGUGUCCCUUCUUGUGUUAGUGAGUAGGGUCAGAACAGCUCCCAGAACCGACUUACUGGCUCAUCUGCUCAAAAAUGAGGCAGACGGGAAGGAGGUAAAUAUAAUUUGUGAUUUUCUUGACCUUUCCCGCAUAUUUCUGCUGAAGCUCAUUUCUGAGCUGAAGAUCCUAGAUGAGAAUGACACCCUUUCUGAUGAUGACAUGGAGCUGAACCGCAUCCUACGACAUCUUCCCUUAACCACGCGUGAACGGAAAGCCGGCUGCAGGAACUUCUUCUGGAAGACGUUCACCUCUUGUUAGCCACACCACUGCAUGAAAUAGCUGCAAUGGUUGCAUGGUAGUUUUAUUUAAAAAAAAAUGUUUAUGCUUUAGUUUAUAUUGUCUAUUCAGCCCUCAUGCUUGGUGGAAUCCAAUUCCUGUAGAGCUGGAUCUGGAGUAGCCAGCUAUAAAGGUGUACAUGUGUAUAGAUUUUUGUUUGGUUGUUUUAACCAAACAUAUUAAUAGACAAAUAGUGGCUAUGGUUAUAUCCGACCUAUGAUGAGACUAAUUUUGUGCUUGUGUAAAAAGAUUGUCUUGGGAUAUGAUGUGGAACAACAGUAUAGUCCUAAAUAUGGGUUCCAAUUAUUAAAAAAAAUAAAAUAAUAAUAAACAUUGGUUCUAUUCAACUCAAGUGACUCAAGUGAAUGAAAUAGUUUUAUAUAUCUGCAAUAAUCAUAACUCAUAAUAAUUUACUAACAAAUCUAAGUGUUGGUUAGACCUAUGGUUGAUAAACAAAAAAUUAGCUGCUGUACUGAUGGAUUGGCUUAUGAAUUUAAGUUUCUUAAUCAAUCAUUAAUGAGUGUCAGUUUCAAGGUUUCAUGAGUCACAAACAAAAGGUGAAAUUCUGCUGCAUGAAGAACACUUGUUCAUUAGUAUCAGUGGGCACUGAUAAAAUAUUUAGGAUUAAACAUUUUGAUGGCACUGAUAUUGUUGUACUUUGUGGUAAGAAAGUUAAAACAUUUCCUAAGGGAUGUGUUUUCACAUC